AUGGUUGUUUUUUACUCGGAAAUACUACGUCGAAACUUUGCUGAUGAAAAAGAAUACAAUUACAAAUUAAUAUAUGCUCAGAAAAGUUUUCUUCAUUUACUUACAACAAUUAACGCUUGGCGAAGAACCGAAAGGACGAGAAAGAGAAAAAUUCUCUUCUCCUUCCCAUCCUUUUCUCCCUACGAAGAAUCAGUCGAUUUACCGAAAGAAUCAAUGCUUAAUGGAGUUGACUCUCGGAUCGGUUAUACAUCAAAGGACCCAUCAGUUUGGUUACUAAAGCAGUUGUUGCUACAGCGCUUUUUUGGUCAUAUGAUUACAUUUUUGGCAGAUAAUAUCAGGAAAUGA